AAGUCGGAUGUGUCGGACGUGGCUUCCAUGUUCCACAGUCAACCGUUUUCCUAUGGCUGCGAUGUUAGCAAACAGCCACCUUCAUAGCUAAAUUUAUUAUGUCUCUAACGCAAUAAUGAGCAAGAUAUUAAUGGACCGUGGUUCCCUUCCCCUCUCCUCUCUGCGUCUUCUCGUCCCUCCUGUGCAGCUCGUGUCUGCAGCUCUGUGGGAGAUAGUGAAGCAGGGAGCUGUGAUGUACUACGGUCUGCUGGAGGAGUUCAUUACCUCAGUGCUGGAAACAGUCCCUGAGCUGCUCACUUAUACAGAGAAAGUCCAACUAGUUAUGGGCUUACGUGCUAGGGUGGUGCUAGAGUUGUGCCGCAGUGAUGAUUUUGCCAGCCCACAGGCCAUCCAGCUUCAUCUGAGCAGAAUAAACACCUACAUCACAAAACAGGAUAAAGAGACUUCCAGCACUGAGGUAAAAGCAUCACUGACAAAUUUCCUGAAGCUUGUUCACACAUUAGUGGAUGAUCAAUGCCAGAGGGAUGUCUUUUAUCAGAAAAUCUUCCCAACAGUGUUUGGCCCCAAAUAUGACUCAGCCCUGGAGGCACUAAUGAGAAAAUUCCUCCUCAAUCUUCAGAAACUGCUCCCUGUACCAAACCUUGAACAAACUUCCCUUUGGCUCAGUCUCUCCCCUUCUGUCUUAAAAGAGUGUGUAGACUUCAUGAAUCAACCUGAGCCACUGAAUACACUUAUUCAGCAUCACUAUCACCAUGGGCAUGAAAUUCCACAAGCUCUGUCUCCCUCUGGUGAUGACUGCAUCCUCUCCAGCCUGUCAUAUCAUCUACCAAAGGUCAACAAUGAUGAAGGAGACAAAGUUGUCAAAUCUGGCUCCACAUGUAUCGGCAAGGACUGGCACAGAGGCGACUCACUUGGGAGUGAGUCUAAGAAGGAUAAAGCAGAAAACUUUGAGGAGAUAAAUUUAGAAGUGACAAGGAAUGUGGAGAGAAAUGGACAACAGCAUACCGAUGAUCUGACCGAAGACCAAGGAGCCUCUGUUGAGGUAAUACUUGAACCUUUUGAUGAAAGUGAGUCUAAUGAUGAUGACGACAUGGACAAAAAGUGGUUUCACCAUUUAAAAUCUCACAGUAGGACAUCCUCGAAAACUUUCAAGUGUCUUGCUUGUGGCCAGGACUUUGGUUCCAUUAGCAAACUAAAAAGGCACAGGAUUACUCAAAGUGGUUGUUUGGUGAACAAACUGGGUCAGUCAGAUUCUGUUAGCCAAAGUAGUUUUUUUGAAAAGAUUAAUUUGCAUCCCAAACCUAAGAUUAAUGCCCACAGAAAUGAGAAUGACCUUCCAUUGGCAGGGGCCUCAAAGCAUAACCUAUCAAAUAUGAGUCGCCCUCCGAACUUUGAGCAGUCUAAUGAUGACAAUAGUCUUGUUUGUCAUGCUUGUGGCAAGGUUUUCACUUACCCAAAGAAUUUUGACAAACACCAGAGGAUUUGUGUGGUCAGUAGUAAACGGCAAAUACUGACAAACCCACAGUGUUCUCGUCGCUGCAAAUCAAACCCUGAUGAUGAAACUGAAACUGAGCCUUCGGAUGUUGCACCACAGGAAUUGGUGUCUUCUGACUCAUGUAAAAGAAGCAGCCGUGUCAAAAAAUGCUCUGUAUGUGGGAGAAUAUUCACUCGUUCUGCUGAUUUGACGAAGCACAUGAGAUGCCACAUUGAACAGAGUCCCUACCUUUGUUCUCACUGCGGGAAAGACUUUGACAACUAUGAGGACUUUGAAACACACAAGGAAGGUCAGUGCGAGGUUUCAAACCAGCACCCAUAUGCAAAGGAUGAAUCCACAAAGGAGAAUUCUUCGAGCAACGCAAAGAAAAGGAAUCACGAUACUACUCUUGUUUCAGUCACAGAUGCACCCACCAACACGCAGGCUUGUAAGUCGCCUCUGACAUGUCAGGAAUGUGGCCAAGGUUUUUCUUACUACAAGAGUUUUGAGAAGCACCAGACCAAAUGUUCCAAAAGGAGCCCUCGAAGGAAAAAGCGAACAAACGGCAACCAUUUUGUUAUCAGUGCAUGUAAUUUCCAGUCAGCUGACAAUACCAGUGAGAGCUGUGCUGAGACAAGUUCUGUGACAAAGGAAAGUAAAACUGAAACACCUCCAAACUCUGCAGACCGUGAAGAUGACUCCCAGGCUAAGUCCUGUACCAUCAAGUGCACCAUGUGUGAGAAGAACUUCUCAGAAAUUGUCCGCCUGAAAAGACAUUAUUCCACGUCACAUAAAAUCAGGGGCUCAUACCCUUGUCCGUUGUGUAAGAGAACUUUUGUGAGGCUGUGCGAAUUGGUUCGACAUCAGCAGAACAAAAAACUGUACCAGUGCGCCGUCUGCAAGAAAUGUUACACAAAGCCAGGACUGCUGAAUGAUCAUGAAAAAGUUCACACUGCGAGUGUGACACCACGCAUUUGUGAAACCUGCGGGAAAAGCUUCAAAUCUCUUGCUUAUCUGAUUCUGCACCAGAGCAAGCACAGAGAACGACAGCCCAGUGUUUGUUCCUACUGUGGCAAACAGUUCAGUACAAAAGACUGCCUGAGAGCGCAUAUGGUGAGGCACACAGGUGGCUAUCCGUGCCCAGUGUGCGGAAAGAAAUUCUAUCAGAAAACAUAUCUUAAGUGGCAUCUGUACAAACACACAGGGCAGGAGCCGUACCUCUGCGACACGUGCGGGAAAGGCUGGCCGAGCGCCGCUCAGCUCAAGCUCCACAUGAUUCAACAUACAGAGGAGAGGCCAUUCAAGUGUGAAGACUGCGGCGUGUGUUACAAACGGGGAUCACAUUUGAUGGCUCACCGUAGAGACAAGCAUAUCAGGCUGAGGCCGUUUGUGUGCGAGGUUUGCAGCAAAGCCUUCAGACUGAACAAUGAGCUGAAAAAACACAUGAUGGUUCACACGGGAGAACGGCCGUUCACAUGUCCAAAAUGUGGCAAAACAUUUACAAGAAAAACGCGGCUUAGGGAGCACAGAGAAAAGACAUGUCUGUAACUUCAUGCUCGUUGUGGACUUGGACUUGUACUAAACUCCACCACUGCAUGUGUAUACAACACACUCUGUCACAAACAAUGUCUCACUGCUGCACAUGUACGAUGACUUUUACAGUGAAGCUACAGAUUUGUAAAUAAACCACAACAUUUUGCCCGGUGUUGUGAAUGAUUUUCAUUCACCGAGAAUAAAAAUGGCCUUGCUGCACA